AUAAGGCGAUAUACCGGUGGGAAGUGCACUGUACUUUGUGAUAUCAUAUUCAUAGCGGAGGCGUGUACACAGGUCCAAACUUACUUACCUCAAGAUUAUCAAGCAUUUUUUGCGAAUUGCCUGCAUACGGACGUCAAACAUGGAUAUCUACAGCAUCAAGAACAACAUUCAGUACGCCACCCUGAAGACCUUAUCGCUGGUGUCCAUCAGCGUGAUGUCUCCUCAGCAAAGCGUCCAGGAGUUAUUCCGCACGGCUGACUGCGUGUGCUUCGAUGUAGACUCCACGGUUAUAAAGGACGAGGGUAUUGAUGAGCUGGCCAAGUUCUGCGGGAAAGGAGACGAAGUUAAGAGGCUAACUGCUGAGGCGAUGGGUGGCAGUAUGACUUUCCAAGAAGCCCUUAAAAAACGACUAGAUAUCAUCAGACCAAGCGUUAGCCAAAUAAGAGAUUUUAUAGAAAAAUUCCCAGUGCAUCUCACACCGGGCGUAUCACAAUUGGUCAAGGAGUUGCACGACAGAGGAGUCGUGGUGUACCUGGUAUCUGGAGGCUUCAGAAGUUUAAUAGAACCUGUAGCUGAACUCCUAAACAUCCCCAAAACAAAUAUAUUCGCCAACAGACUUAAAUUCUACUUUAAUGGGGAAUACGCUGGUUUUGACGAGAACGAGCCUACGUCAAGGUCCGGCGGCAAGGGACUAGUGAUAAGGCGGCUCAAGGAGCAACAUGGCUACCAGAAGCUGAUCAUGAUCGGAGAUGGCGCCACUGACGCGGAGGCUUGCCCCCCCGCUGACGGAUUUAUUGGUUUUGGCGGCAACGUUGUUCGAGAGGAAGUCAAGAAAAGGGCGUCCUGGUAUGUCACCGACUUCCAUGACCUUAUCCAGAACGUUAAAAUCCAAGCGAAGUGAGUCCAUAAAUGUUUAAAAAAUACCCGUGUUACCACUGAUAGUAUCGGGUUAAGAAGGCUGCUUUACUGUAGUAUUACAGUACUAAUGUGAAUUACAAACUUUAGUACCUUCACUUAAGAUCUGUUUUCUAGUAACGUGUAGAGCGCUAGAGAAUUCGCUGACAUAUCGCGGUCUCGCUUACACAUUUUAAUAAAUAAUUUAACUUUAUAUCGUAUUAGAAGAAUAUUAUUGUUUAUAAUUAAUUUUAUUGUAAGGAUAAACAGUAUACCUACCCAUAUCAUUCUUUGGUCAAACUCGAACUAAUACUGUUUUUUGUAUCGACUUGAAACUUUCUUAAAAAAGGUUUGGUAUUUCGUAAAAGCGAUCAUGUGCCUUGUAUAAUAUGAUAUUAACCACGUUACAGUAAAGAACGAUAAUAAUAUUUCAAAUUUUCUGAGAAAAAAUAGUUUAAAAAUAAUCUAUUAAGCAAACGUAUUUUUUAACGGUUUCAAACUAGUAUUUACAGAAAUCUGUAAUAGCCAAUAUAAAUGUGGUACUAAUGUUUGCUGGAAGCAAACAUUGUAUCAAAUAAGUAUGUAUCAAAACUAUUUUUGUAAUAAUGCAUUUAUACAAAGGUUUAUUUUAUUCUGUGAAUUUGACAUUGUGAUGGUACUGUGAGUACAAGUUUUAAUGUUAAGUAUUUUGGGACUGAGUUCCGUAAUUUCUGUAUUUGACAUAUAAAUUUGUUGCAUAAAUAGACAAAUAUUUAAUUUUAAAUGUAUAUAUUUCGUUAAUAACUUAAAAUGUUUAUACAGUAGUUAUUUAAGUUGCAGAGAAAUAUUGCAGAUUUUUAACGAUAAAGAAAAGAAAAAAAAAUCAUAAGAGAAACGAAUCUAAACAGCCUUAUGAAAUCUUCCAAAAUUUUUGGCUAUUAUUCGAAGGAACUAAAUUGCAG